AUGGAGAAGAAGACCAUAUUUGUUACGUGCGGCGCAACAAUCCCGUUCCCAAAGCUCGUUUCGUGCGUGCUAAGUGAUGGAUUCACCCGAGAAUUAGUUGAGUAUGGAUUUGUGCGUCUUAUCAUUCAGUUUGGAAGGAACUUCGCCACUCGAUUCGACCAGCUGGUGCAAGAACGUGGGGGGAAAGUCGAGCGCACGGACAUCCGAAUCCCGGAUGACGAGUUCGGUUGCGAUGGCAAUGUAAGCCGAUACUCUCUGAUGGACGGAACACUAGAAGUGAUUGGGUUUGAUUUUUCGGCCAAAGUGCAAAAAAUCAUCAGCGAUUUCUCGGACCUGGUCAUAUCACACGCUGGAACAGGCUCGAUACUGGACUCUCUUCGGUUGAACAAGCCGCUGAUAAUCUGCGUCAAUGAUUCAUUGAUGGAUAACCAUCAACAGCAGAUCGCGGACAAGUUUGUGGCGUUGGGGUACGUGUGGUCUUGUGUGCCCACUGAGAUAAGUUUGACGGCCAGUUUGCGCGCAUCGCAAACCGAGAAGCUCAAACCCUUCCCCGUUUCCCAUAAUUCCGGAUUCGAGCGACUCCUAAACGACGUAGUAUAUAGCUAG